UGACGCCCCGCCCCCCGCUGGCCGCUGAGGUCUUCUGUCCCGGAGGUCCGAGUCCGAGCUUGUCUGCGGGGCUGCGGGUGUCUCGUCCCUGGGCGAUGGAGAACGGAGCGGUGUACAGCCCCACCACGGAGGAGGACCCCGGCGUCUCCAGGGGCGCCCGCGGCGGCCUCGCUGCGCACUUCUCCCUGGGGCGGCUCCCGCUGUACCGGCGCGUCUUCAAGGGCUUGCAGCUGCUGCUGUCUCUGCUGGCCUUCAUCUGUGAGGAGGUGGUGUCGCAGUGUACUUUGUGUGGAGGACUGUACUUCUUUGAAUUUGUGAGCUGCAGUGCCUUUCUUCUGAGUCUCCUUUUCCUGAUUGUGUAUUGUACUUCAGUGUACAACAGAGUUGAUGCCAUAAAAGUAAAAUCAUCGGAUUUUUAUAUUAUGCUGGGAACAGGAUGUGUGUUUUUGUUGGCAUCUAUCAUCUUUGUCUCUACCCAUGACAGAACCUCUGUUGAAAUUGCUGCAAUUGUGUUUGGCUUUAUAGCAAGUUUUAUGUUCCUCUUGGAUUUCGCUGCUAUGCUCUGUGAGAAGCUAAGGGAGUCCCAGCUCAGAAAACCGGAGGCCCCUCCCACGGAAGCCCUCACCGAACCCCUGAAUGCAUAGACUCUGGGAGCGGCAUUUCAGAGGAGAGCGACUCCCCUUCCCGACGCUUGGACUCUGGCAGGAGGUCUUGGAGAACGUGUGCAAUUGUUUAAACCACUUUGGAAGAGCCAAGGGAAGGGCAGGAAGCCUUUCAUCAGUGCUGAGCUGUCUGUCAUUCACCACAGGUUAAGCCUGAGGGUGUUUUUAAAAUUUAAAAAAAAUAACUAUUGAAACUUGUCUCCGAUACAGAUUUUUAAGAUGGACAGGAAGAUGGUUCUUUCUUUAAAUCACAUAGCUCACCUGAUUACAAUGAAUAAUUCUGAUAAACAAUUCUAUGAUUCUGUUACAGGGCAUUCCCUUUCUACGCUUAGCUUCUAAAUUAUGCUUUUAGCUGUAUAAACAGCUUGAUUAUAUUCAUCCUUUAGAAACUGUUUCACUUUUAAGUUAAUUUGCAUAACUGUUAGCUUGUUGGUGAUUAUAUUAUGUUCUGGUAAUGGAGACUUAAAUGUAUAUUUAAGAAAUCAAUAUUUAAAAUGUUGAUCCAGUUUUUUUUUCCCCUUAAUAUAUAGUACUUGGCUUUAUUAUAUCUCACUCAGCCUUAAAAUUAUACGGUAACAUUUUAAGAUAAUUAUUAACAUUUCUGAGAAUUUUGUAUAGUCUUCUAUAAAACAUAUGAGAGAUCUUGGUAUUUUUUGUGUAUAAAGAAAACAUCAGCAACUUCAUGUUUAUAUACUUUGGUUGUUGAGAUCAAGUACAUACAGAAAAAUGGAAGCAACUGAUGUCACACUUAAAGACCAAAGAUGAGAAGGAUGAACUUUUUUGCUCAGUACAGUAAAAAUAAUUACAAAAACAGGCUUCAGCCACUUACCAUGCAUGUAAAUUCAUGCUGCCGGUUAGAAAUAGUUCAUCCCCCUGGUGGCGUGUGAUUGUCUCUAUGUAAGUUACUCAGCUCUGUUGGUCCUCUUUCAUGUGUUCUCUUGGGUCAGGUCUUUUAAAACCCAGCUUUUGACUUUUCAUAUGUUUGUGUUUUGUCUUUUUCUCAGCAUGGUCCAUGUUCUCCUUCGUUGAGUGGAGCUUGGCCUGUGGUUCUUACUUUUUACCAUUGACUGUUGUCUGAAGGUGGUUCAGAAUCUUUAAUUGUGAAAAGUGUGUAGCAGGAGCUGUAGGGUGCUUAUUCCGUAUGGGUGUUGCUCUAGUUCUGUCCGGAGGAGACAUUUUAAGAAAAUGGAUAAUCAGUCACUCUGCCCAGCUUAAUACUGGAGUAGUCAGACAGUUCUCAGGAGACAUUGUAACCAGUUCUUACAAUUUGGAAGAAUUGUUAAAAGCUGUCAGCCACACAGGAAUGGCACUUGGGAUGGGACCCUUCAGUCUUAUAAAUGAGGCCUUUCUUGUUGAGGCCUUAGAGUUUUGACCCAGAACUCCGGUAUAAAGAUGAUGAUCCUAUAUAUUGGGUUCUUCCAAUGCUAUAAUGUAAUAGCCCCGUUCUUUUUGUAGUUUGCAUGUUACAGAUGGAUUUAAGUUGCAUUAAGAUGGCUAAUGUGGGUCUUGGAAAUUGGUAAAUGUGGGCAGACAUUUGCCGGGUUACUGACUCAGUAGCAUAUCUGUUGUGUCAGUUUGUGUGCCAGUGGUAGUGGUGAUGUCACCUCUGCCUGCUUGGAAGAUAAUGAAACCAAUGAUGGAUGCUAUUUUUACGGGGCUAUUUAUUCAAGAUAGGAGAAAUAGCUGGGUCUUUGAUCUAAGAAUAAAGACUGAAUAAAAGAUAACCGAUUUGUGGUAGGUAGUUGUAGAAUUUCACAUCAGACUGUACUGUUGUCAUUUUAAGUGUGAUGUGGAUCCAUCUAGAAUUCACAGCAAAUCAUCUUGGAUUCUUCAGGGUCACCAUAAAAUACCUGAGAUAAUCAUUUUAAAAAGGGAAAAGAUUUAUUUUGACGCACAGAUUUGGAAGGUCCAGUCCAUGGCUGGCUGGCCCUGUUGCUUUCGGGCCUGUGGUAAAGCAUUGUAUCAUGGUGGGGUGUGUGGUGGAGCAAAACUGCUUACCUCAUGGUGGCUGGGAAGCAAAAUGGGAAAAGGUAUAGAAGAGAUGGAGGUCUCACAGUCUUCUUCAGGGGUGUGCCCCUGUGGACUCCAGACUUCCCUAUAGGCCCCACCUUUUAAGAUUUCUACCAUCUCUUUGUAGUGCUGCUCUGGGAAGCAGACUUUCAACCCAUAACCUUGGGGACAUUCCAGAUAGGCCUGGUCAGUGUGGACAGACCUGUUCUCGGCUGGGUUCACACAUGAAGCAUGGUGGACUAGACUUCACCUCCUUUAUUCUGAGGCUUCACCUCCAUUUGUCUCAUUGGUGCAGAAGUGGACCUCUUUGUUAAGCACUUACUUUUUCCUUUUUAGAAAAAUAAAUUGUUCCUUUUUUUUUGUACCAGGAAUCGAACUCGGGACCUUGCACUUGCCAGGCAGGCACUUCUGCUGCUGAACUAUAUUCCCUGUCCCUGUUGAGUUGUAUUUGCUCACUCACCUUGUUUCUUAGGGGAUCGAUGUCUGGUUAGUCUUUUAUUAUGAAAGAAAGAUCAUUUAAAAGACCAUUUUAGUAAAUAAAUUCAGGGAAAACUUGGGACCAGAAACUCUUGUUAUAUACAGAAAAAGAUGAUCUCGAUAAACUCAAAAUAAUUUUGUAUUAGCAGUUAUGGUAAAUUUAAUUCAUAAUAUUUUAUACAAAUUAUUUAGAAUGGUUCUCAAGAAUUAUAAGGGAAAUAUACUUACAGUACAAAAAUUAUAAGUACUAUGCUUACAUUAUUUGGGAAUCGGGAAAUGUAUUUUUACAUUGUUUACAGCCAAUCAUUUUUGUAUUUUUCAUUUUAAAUCCUGUGGAUCUUUUUUAAAAAAAAUCUUUCCUAAUGUCAAAGUUUAUAGUCUUCUUUUUAAAUAAAUGGAUUUAAUGGAA